AUGGAUAAGGAGUGGAUGUCUGCCAAUCACCUAUCUAAAGAAUAUUGGGAUAAGGUGGCAGAAUUUGUUAAGUUUGCGGUAAACAACAUAAAAAAUCAUGAGCGAAUUGUUUGUCCUUGUCUAAGUUGUGGUAAUGUGAAGUCAAUUUCUCCUAAGACAUGCGAACUUUACUUGUUUAAGUAUGAAAUUGAUCAAAGUUACAAGUGUUGGGUAAAGCAUGGGGAGACACCUGAAGAUGUGAAUAACAGUAGCCAAGGGUAUAUAGAAAGUUGUUCAUCACCAUCAUCUUUUGACACAAAUGCAAAUGAGGCUGAUUGUCUUGAAGAAUUGGUUGAUGUGAUGGAAGAGGAACUCGAGAAUUUUCCAGAGAAGUUCGAAAGGUUGAAAACUGAUGCGGAGACACCUUUGUAUGAGGGUUGUACUGAGUUUACUUUAUUGUCCGCUGUGUUAGAAUUGUACAACUUGAAAGCAACAAGUGGGUGGAGUGAUACAAGUUUUUCAAGCUUGCUUUCUCUAAUCAAACUAAUGCUACCGAAGAAUAAUAAGCUUCCAGAUCGGCUAUAUGAUGUAAAGAAGGUGUUACGCAUAGUUGGCCUAAGCUAUAAGAAGAUACAUGCUUGCCUUAAUGAUUGCAUUUUGUUUAGGAAUGAAUAUGAAGAGCUAACCCACUGUCCUAAGUGUGAGACAUCACGUUAUAAGCAAAAUGGGAAGAGUGCGAAGAAGGCAAUGUGGUAUUUUCCUAUUAUUCUAAGAUUUAGGCGUUUGUAUAGCAUACGUCAAGAGGCAAAGAAUUUAAUAUGGCAUGCAAAUGAAAGGAUUAAAGAUGAUAAGAUUUGGCAUCCAGCUGAUUCUCCUGAAUGGAUAAGGUUUGAUCGGAAGUACCCUGAGUUCGGAAAAGAAGAUAGGAACCCAUGCCUCGCAUUAUCUACUGAUGGGAUUAACCCACAUGGUAUGCAGAGCAGUACCUAUAGUACAUGGCCUGUGAUGAUGGUCAUUUAUAACCUUCCUCCCUGGCUUUGCAUGAAGCGAAAGUAUAUGAUGCUAUCCUUGCUAAUAUCAGGGCCCAAGCAACCCGAAAAUGACAUAGAUGUUUACUUAGAACCAUUGAUUGCAGACUUGAAGUUGUUGUGGGAGACAGAUGUAGAGGUAUAUGAUGCCUACAAAGAAGAGAUAUUCAAUUUCAGAGUCAUGCUUUUUGGUACAAUCAAUGACUUUCCAGCAUAUGGUAAUCUAUUAGGGUAUAGUAUUAAAGGACAACUUGGAUGUCCCAUUUGUGAAGAGGGAACACAUUCAAUGAGAUUGCAACAUGGUGUGAAGAACAUGUACCUUGGGCAUCGUAGAUGGUUGGGUGACAAACAUCGAUAUCGUCGGUGGAAAAAGUCUUUUGAUGGAAAAAUAGAAGAAGAAAGGCCACCAAAGCAGUUGACUGGUGAGGAAUUAUUUGAAAAGGUAAAAGACCUUGAUAUUGAAUUUGGCAAACUGUUUGCAAAGCAUGUUGGAACAAGCGGGUGGAAGAAAAGAUCAAUUUUUUUGAGUUGCCAUAUUGGAAGACCUUGA